CCGCCCCCCGUGCUCCCCCCCAGAUUGCCGGUUCGCCCGAAAGAAAGGAAAAAAAAGCCUUCAUUCCCCAAUAUCUCCACGAUGCCCGUUCUGAGAAGAGGUGAUAGGUCGGCCGAUUGGAAGCGAAAGUCAGAGGAUCAACACAACACCGCUGCGUCGUCGUCGUCGUCAAAGCGGCUCAAGGAGUCCGCGGCAGCGCCUGCGAAGGUCGAGCCUCCCCAGAAAGAGGAGCCCAAAGGCGCGCUCUCGUUCCUAUCUGCCGCCCAUCAGGAAGAGCUCAAAGGCGCAAUCGAGUUCCGCGUGGUAAACAACGAUGGCCAACGCGAGAGCACCAUCGUGCUCGCGGGGCUCAAAACCAUAUUUCAGAAGCAGCUGCCCAAGAUGCCCCGAGACUACAUCGCGCGCCUCGUGUUUGACCGCACCCACCUCUCGAUGGCCAUCAUCAAGAUGCCGCUGGAAGUGGUCGGAGGCAUCACCUAUCGCCCGUUCAGGGGCAGAGAGUUUGCCGAGAUUGUCUUUUGUGCGGUCUCGUCGGAUCAACAGGUGAAGGGCUACGGUGCCCAUCUGAUGUCCCACCUCAAGGACUACGUGAAAUCAACCUCGGACGUGAAGCACUUCCUGACGUACGCCGACAACUACGCCAUCGGCUACUUCAAGAAGCAGGGCUUCACCAAGGAUAUCACGCUGGAAUCGCACAAAUGGAUGGGCUUCAUCAAGGACUACGAGGGCGGAACGUUGAUGCAGUGCACCAUGAUCCCGCGGGUCCGGUACCUGGCAGUAGCGCGCAUGCUGGCCAAGCAGAAGGAAGCCGUCCACGCCAUGAUCCGCGCGCGCUCGAAAUCCCACAUCGUGCAUGCGCCGCCUGCAGCCUUCGCCAAUGGGCCCUGCAAGAUCGAUCCUUCGUCGAUACAGGCAAUCAGAGACGCCGGCUGGUCACCAGAGAUGGACGAGCUCGCGCGACAGCCGAAGCACGGGCCGCACUACGCGUCACUUUUGCACCUUCUGACGGACAUGCAGAACCACCAAUCAUCAUGGCCAUUCCAGAAGCCGGUGGACCACGAGGAGGUGCCGGACUACUACCGCGUCAUCACGGAGCCGAUGGACCUGCAGACCAUGGAGGACCGCCUCGAGGAGGACGCUUACACCACCCCUGGAGACUUCGUGAGAGACGCUAAAAAGAUCUUUAAUAAUUGCCGCAGGUACAAUAAUGAAACUACCUCCUACUGGAAAAAUGCUACCAAACUGGAGAAGUUUUUGAAUACCAGACUCAGGGAGAAUCCCGACUGGGUGCAUCUGGCGGACUAUUGAGAUACGGCUUGAUCUAUGUGCUUAACGGGUGUUUGUUUUGUCUAUCUAUCUGCGGGUGUUUCUUCUGCCGCAAGUUUUUUGGAUUUUUUCUUCCGCAAAGCAAAAUUGUUUAUCCUUUUUGCAUACCUCCUAUAUGAUAUUGUA